AUGCCCCCAUCGGGUGCGCUAUCAAUAUGCUACCAUGCUAUAGAUGAUCCAAGCAAAACAGGAAAGAAGAGAUCCAUGAAUACAAAUUUUGAGGGAGAGAAAAAAAGCCUAAAAUGGAAAAUACGAAAGCUAUGUACAGAAGAUCCACGCGUAUGCGGCAACAUAAAACAAACAUGGCCUGCAUCGGCACGCAUGUGGGGCGCGGCCCACAGAGAAGCGAGGCUGAAACACUUACCUGGCUACAUAUUGACUAGAGGGAAGGGAGACGCUGAAGGUCACAGGAGGCAAGCAGCACCUUUCGGCCGCAAGCGGCGGAGGGCAGAGGACGAAGAUAUAGAAUCUGACUCUGCAUCUGGCUUGGAUGCCCCUCCCUCUUCAGACAGCGAUUCAGAAGAUGCGGGAGAAACAGCAGACGAGGUACGUCUCCGCGUGGCCCGUCAAUAUUUAAAACAGUUUUCUGAGGCGGCGAAAGGCAAGCUACGGGAGGGCGGUACUGCAGAAGCGGCUUCACGGACCGCAGGGGAGCUGGCAGCAGAUCCAGCUUUUGAUUCGGCUGGGGGUACAGAUGACGGCAGUGGGGGCUCGGGCGAAGAUGAUUCUUCUGAUGACUUCUUCCAAGAUGAGGAUUCCAAAGCCGAAAUGGCAGCCAAGCUCCGACAGAGGGCCGAUGAGAAAAAGUUGCAGUCCAGGCCCACAGUGGCUAUGGCGUCUCGGACGCGCUUCGGCAGUUCAACGUUCCUUAGAGGCCACAAGCUGGCUGUCACGUGUGUGGCACUGCCUGGAGAGGGCACUGGGGAGGGAGCAGCAAGUCGGCACCUGUACACUGGGAGCAAGGAUUGCUGCAUCAUCAGGUGGGACGUGGAUACAGGGAAAAAGGAGGUAUUCAAGGGCCAGAGAAACUGUUUUGGAGAGGCUUUGACGCGAGCAAAAGGACGGGGUUCUGGCGUAGGCUCAGGAGGUCACUUCAGACCGGUCUUGAGCGUUUGUGUAGCCGAAGACGAACGUGUUUUCUUUUCUGCUGGGGCCGACCACACCAUUAGGGCUUGGGAUCCGCGAGCUUCUAAUGAAAAGUGUAUGUUUGAACUGCGGAGUCACAAGGGCCCCGUAACCGGCAUUUGCCUGAAUGGGGGAAGCUAUGAUGGUGCUGGCCAGGGAGAUGCCGAGCUUCUUUCUUGCAGCGCUGAUAAGUCCCUCAAAAGCUGGAAUAUCGGCUGCCGCAGCGUUUUGAAUCACUUCUACGGGCAUGCGACAGAAGUGAACUGCAUAGACACUCUACAGCCGAACAAGCCCAUCACAGGCGGCAGCGACGGCACCCUCAGGAACUGGAAGCUGGUUCAAGACACUCACACGGCCUUUCCCCCCCUCGGAUCGUGCGUGGACUCGGUGGCCAUGUUGUCACCACAUCUCUUUUGCUGCGGAACACAAGGGGGGCUCUUGUCUCUGUUCAACAGCGGAUGUAAGAAGCCCUUGGCGUGCGUUCGGGUACACCAGCACGACGGCAGUCCUUCCUCCGAUAACGCGUCAUUAGACGCGGCAAAUGCAACGUAUAGCAAGGCUGUUCUAAGGGCCACAGGAGACGCAGCAGGGGUCUCGGCCCUCCGUGCGCUGCCGUUUACAGACGCACUUCUAGUGGGCACUGAAGGGGGGAGCGUGCAGCUCUGGUCGGCAACGCAAAAUGACAGGAAAGGCGGUUGUGGCAGCUUAAAGCCCGUUGCCAAUGCUACAGAACGGGUAGCGGGGGUCGUCACUGGUCUGUGUGUUUCUCCGGACAAGUCCUUUGCAGCCGCUGCUGUCAGCACCGAGAGCCGUUUAGGGCGUUGGUACAAGAGUGAUGGUGCCAAGAAUGGAAUUCAAAUCAUUCCGAUCAUGACGGACUAA